AUGGCUGGUCGGGCCAAGUCUGUUCGCGCGUCUGGUGGCAGUGCCGACUCGGCGCUGGAGGGCAUGUCUGCGACGGCGUUCGGGAAGAUGAAGGUUGCCAAGAAGCGCAAGCUGCUGGCACAGUUAGAUCUGCAUGAUGAGCUCACCGACGAGUUGGAGGCAGACGUGAUGGCGGCGGUGGCGUUUACGCGAGAGACCCAUGGCGAGGAUGUGCGGCGGAUGGACGCUCGGAGCGAGCUGAUAGUCUCCUUUGACGACUUUUACACCGAGUACGCCUAUGUGGUGGUCGCCUCGGGCUUCCGGGCCGAGUUUGCGGCGCGAAUUGUGCCUGCGCUGGUCGCCGCCGCGCCUGAUGAAGCUGCCAUGAUAGCGCUGUUCAAGAACCGGGCCAAGAUCGCCGCACUUGUCAAGGUCUACGGCAUGCGGAGCGAGUGGGAGACCCUGCGGGCGAGCUUUCGCACCCCGGACGAUCUCACCGUCCUUCCACGCAUCGGGCCUGUGGUCAAGUUCCAUCUCGCCCGCAAUAUUGGCCUCAAGUCGUGUGUCAAGCCCGACGUGCACAUGAUGGCGUAUGCCGCCAAGCGCGGAUGGCACUCUCCGAUCGACAUGGUCGAGGCGCUUGCUGCCGCCUACCACCUCCCGAUCGGUACCCUCGACUUUUGUCUCUGGGUCUGGAUGUCGCACGGCUUUGGUUCGGCCACCUCAAAGUGCUGCCACGGUGGGUACGAGCUGCGGUGA